CUUGCAUUUCUUAUUAUUUACAUCGAACCCUAAAAUAAUCAAAAAUCCGAAACCAUUUCCAUUUUUGCAAACUUCUUCCUCACACCUCUUCUCUCUUUCACCGCCGUGGGCUCCACCCUCUCUUCCUCUGAAGACUUUUCCUCUUUUCCGGCAAAAAGGUUAGCGGCAAAAUGGCUGGCGGUAGAUUACUUCAGCAGAUUUUAAAGAGGAAAUUCCAGUCUCAUUCCACUGCAAUACCAGCUUUAUCAUCUGUAGCAACAAAAGAUCAAGGCAGUUCUAGUGAAAAAGUCCUGAGAGCAUUUGCUGUUCUUGGAGCAGGUGCUACAGGUCUUUUGAGUUUUGCCACAGUCGCAUCUGCAGAUGAGGCUGAACAUGGCCUAGAAAGCCCCAACUAUCCUUGGCCUCACAGUGGCAUCCUCAGUUCCUAUGACCAUGCCUCGAUUCGUCGUGGGCACCAGGUUUACACACAGGUCUGUGCCUCAUGCCACUCAAUGUCUCUGAUUUCAUACCGUGAUCUCGUGGGUGUAGCAUACACCGAGGAAGAGACUAAAGCUAUGGCUGCUGAGAUCGAGGUGGUUGAUGGACCUAAUGAUGAAGGUGAAUUGUUUACUCGUCCUGGUAAACUCAGUGACAGAUUUCCUCAGCCAUAUUCUAAUGAAGCGGCUGCUAGGUUUGCAAACGGCGGGGCCUAUCCUCCAGAUCUAAGUCUUAUAACGAAGGCUCGACACAAUGGUCAGAACUAUGUGUUUGCUCUUCUUACAGGUUAUCGUGAUCCACCUGCUGGUGUUUCGAUCCGAGAAGGGUUGCACUACAAUCCAUACUUUCCUGGUGGAGCCAUUGCUAUGCCUAAGAUGCUCAACGAUGGUGCUGUUGAGUAUGAAGAUGGUACUCCAGCGACAGAAGCUCAGAUGGGCAAGGAUGUGGUAACAUUUUUGGCAUGGGCAGCGGAGCCGGAGAUGGAAGAAAGAAAACUGAUGGGAUUUAAGUGGAUUUUUGUACUAUCUCUGGCUUUACUUCAAGCAGCAUAUUACAGGCGCUUGAAGUGGUCUGUUAUGAAGUCCCGCAAGUUGGUCCUUGAUGUUAUCAACUAGAGAUCGAGGCUUUUUUUUCAUAUUGUAUUGAUUGUGGGUCGUUUCCAGUGGAGAAAUAAUUUUUCCUCGAAUGUCAUUUUGACUGCCAUGGUUGAUUGUUUCAAUCAAAUGGCUCGGGCAAGUUAUAUUUUGAUUGCCAUGGAAGAAAAUAAGCUUCCAACAUAGUAGAUUAUUCUUUUUUCUCUUUUCUACUCGUAGACGAUUUUGAUCAUACCUGCAUUUUCAGAAUGGCCAUGUGUUAUAUAUUCGGCUACCUAUUACUGCAUGUCUGAAUAUGCUUCAACUUUUGGUGCGCCAAUUUUGGUUCUGUACUUUUGUGUUUAAAACUAGAAGAAUAAGAUUGAAGUAUCAUGAAUAUAUUGGGUUCAUUUGCUCAUCUUGGUGUGUUGGAUGGGGUGUUAUCCUUGUGACGAUCGGAAUUUGCAAUAAGAAAAAACUUGUACAGCC